AUGGGCACAAGUACAGACACAACGCCCCCGCACUGGAUAACCCAGAUGAUGACCAAGAGUACAUGGGUACUUCAUCAUCCCCCCAUCAUAGAAGUUUACCUCAUCCAGUUACCGGAACCCUCCCCAACACCGGCCCCCGGCAUCAACACCUCCCCUGCAAACAGCACCUGCACAUCCUCCCCCUUCAAAAACGGAAUACAUCCCGCCCUCACCUUAUUCCCGGGUGCUGCCGUAUCUAGGAGUAGAGUCCUGUACGUCUAG